AGCAACGACGUCGUCUAUUUUGUUCAUGCGUCAUUUUUCCCCCUGCAAAUCGACCAUCCCAUCUGGUUUUCUCAGGAGAGUAGUUAGUCUCCAUUGAGGAAAAGCCGAGGCUGGCCGGGAUUGGUGCGACAUUGUUGUAAUCUUCAUUUUGCCAUAUGGAGAAGCUCCUUUACUCUGAUGAGCCGAAGAGAGAAAUGCCCGAAGGCUUAAUACAUAAAAUUAGUGCUUCUGUCUGUGGUGACGUUCAUUUUGGGGCGCCCAUGUCCUCAUUGAGGAUUAGUGAAGCAGAUCUGGUGAGGAGCGUCUUACAAGCUUUGCAGGGGUUGUCUAGUUCCUUGAUUUUCUGGGACCAAAAUGGACAAAUGUUCCGUGCCAAAAGUGGGAUAUAUAUAUCUCAUUUGUCCCAGAUGAGCCUUCACAACCUUCUUAAUGAAUUUAUAUGUGCUGCAACUUGGUUGAAGUUUGUAGAGUCUGUCGUUGGUAGACUCAAGACCUCUUUGAGGUCUCCUCCUACCUUGAGGGCGUUUUCGAGUUCUGUCUCUGCUUGGCUUCAGAUACUACGAGAUAUUGCUUUGAAAGAAGAAGCGAAAAUUAGCAAUUCUGAAAUUGGUGUCACACCGACCCUCUUGGGAUUAACUAGUUCUUUGUCAAGUCUUUGUUCAGGCGCUGAGUAUCUUUUGCAAAUAGUCCGUGGAGCAAUCCCUCAUGAAUAUUUGGAGUGCGGUUCAUCUAUUUCAGCUGCUGAAAUUGCUGUCCAUGUCCUUGAUUAUCUUUACAAGAAGCUGGAUGAAGUAUGUCUCGUACAAGGUGGUGAGGAGGAACCAUAUAACAUGCUGCUGCAAAUAUUUACUGGAAGUUUAUUGCCGUAUAUAGAGGGUCUUGAUUCAUGGCUUUUUGAGGGAACACUUGAUGAUCCAUUCCAGGAGAUGUUCUUUUAUGCCAAAGAAUCGAUAUCAGUUAACGAGGCCGAGUUCUGGGAGAGAAGCUAUUUAUUGAGGUGGGUGCACAGCCAAAAACUAAAUUUCACUUCGCUAAAUGACAAGAAAGGAAUGGGUGGAAAUGACUCCAACUCUUCUCCUAUUCCUUGUAAAGAAAAAGGACAGAAUAACCGGGAAGUGUUACUAUGCCCGUUGUUCAUAAAGGACAUAUGCCAGUCGAUUGUUUCUGCUGGAAAGUCAUUGCAGCUGAUCCGGCAUAUUCCUUCCGCGUCUUCAGGAAAUUCUGCAGAAAUUAGGUACCAUGAGCAAAAUGCUCAUGAUAGCUGUGUUCCUCUGGUUAAACACAGUAUCGGCUGUAGCAUUGCUGACUUAUCCUUGUCCGAAGUCUUUUGCCUUACACUUGCUGGUCUCGUAGGCCAUGGUGAUCACGUCUCUAGAUAUAUUUGGAAAGGCGGGUUGCCUGAAAGGGAGAAUACUUCUACUUUAGGAUCAUAUAUAAGCGGAGAAGUGGUGGAUACCAUGGAUUGUAAAUCUCUUCCAGUUAUCAAAGGCACAGAAAGAAUGUGGUAUAAGUUUUUCCUUGAUGGUGUGGAAGAAAAAAUGGUAAUGGAUAUCAAACCUGAAAACCAGAGUGCAAGUUAUAUUUCUGAUACAAAGGAGGAGAAAAGUUGUGUAGCUGCCGAAAAUGCAUUGCAGGAGUUGUUUUGUCCUGAAAACCUAGUUAUUUCUGUGUCUAAAAUGACCCUUGAGAGGAAUAAAAAGGCUUGGGAAAUUCUGAACAUAUCCCAGAACUACUGUCUACCCCCUCUUAACGACGAGAGCUUGUGGAAUGCUGUUUUCAAAGGAAAUAGUGUGCCAGGUUCUGGAUUCAGGGGAACAGACUAUAAAUUUGGAUUCCAUUUUGGUAAAUCUGAAUAUCUUUGUUCUCAAGAUGAUAUGAAAAUGGUAGAAUCCUUGUUUCCCUUUCCCACUUUGCUUCCAUCAUUUCAGGAGGAUCUCUGUAUAUCUGAACUCUUACCGUUUCAAAAGGACAGUACCCUUCCUUCAAGAGUUCUCUGCUGGAUGCUGAAAUUAGAACCAAGGGAUACUCCACUUCCUGUUGUUAUUAUGCAGGAGUGCCUUACAAUUUACAUCAGGAGGCAGGUGGACUACAUUGGCAAAGUGAUUUUGUCUAAGCUAAUGAACGACUGGAGAUUGAUGCAUGAGCUUGCGGUUUUGCGGGCCAUAUACUUGUUGGGUUCAGGUGACCUUCUGCAGCACUUUUUGACCGUCAUAUUCAGUCGGCUGGAUAAAGGAGAGUCAUGGAAUGAUGAUUUUGAGUUGAACAUAAUACUGCAGGAAUCAAUUGCAAACUCCUCUGAUGCCAUGCUGUUGAGCAGUCCUGAUUCAUUGGUGGUAUCUAUUUCCAGGGAAGGUGUAUUAGACGGGGAUAAAGAUGACAAUGCGGACACAGUUCCCCUUUCGUCAACUCCUCGUAAAAGCCGUAAUCACAGUUUUGGGAUAGACAGCCUCAAUUUGCUGAAAUUCACAUACAAGGUGUCUUGGCCACUUGAGCUUAUCGCGAAUGGUGAGGCUAUUAAGAAAUAUAACCAGGUGAUGGGAUUCUUGCUGAAGGUCAAACGAGCAAAAUACGUGCUUGAUAAAGCACGGAGGUGGAUGUGGAAGGGUAGGGGCUACAGAACAACCAUCCGGAAGAACCACUGGUUACUGGAACAGAAACUCCUCAAUUUUGUGGAUGCUUUUCAUCAAUACGUAAUGGACAGGGUAUAUCAUACCGCAUGGCGGGAACUUUGUGAAGCAAUGGCGAAAGCAGGAUCUCUGGAUGAGGUCAUGGAAGUACAUGAGAUCUACUUAUUAUCAAUUCAGCGUCAGUGCUUCGUGGUUCAAGAAAAAUUGUGGGCAAUCAUAGCAAGUCGGAUAAACAUGAUUCUGGGCUUAGCUCUAGAAUUCUACACGAUACAGAAGACGGUAAGCAGUGGGGGAGAAGUUUCAGCAAUAAAGGCAAGAUGCGAAAUGGAGAUAGAACGUAUUGAGAAACAAUUCGACGACUGCAUUGCUUUCCUCCUCAGAGUGUUGUCAUCGAAACUCAACGUGGGACAUUUCCCACAUUUAGCAGAUUUAGUGAAUAGGAUCAAUUUUAAUUACUACUACAUGUCUGACUCUGGAAAUCUCUUGACUGCUCCUGGCGCUUCUACAAAGCUCAAGUGAUUUUUCUGUUUCUGUUGGUAAUUGCUGAAAGGAUUGAGAUUCCAUGUUUUUUAUUGUUUGCAGGAGUUUUUUUUUAUGUUCUUGUGAAUGAUGAUGAAGAAACAACGAAAAUCUUGUGAAAAGUUACUGUUGAUUCGUGCAGAACAAUUUGUAUUUUCUUUUGUAUUUUUCAUACUGAAUUAUUUGGUUUUUUCUGAGAAAAUGAAUAAAAAGGAAACGAGAUGGCAACGAUGUCGUUUCAAUACGCAUCGUUGUAUAAAAAGAUGCAGUUUUUUCAGAGAGAAGAAGACGAGAGAAAAGAUGGAUGGUGGCUGCUAAACUUCCUGAGAAAACGUUCUUACCUUCAACAAAUAGGGCAGUUACACAUACCGGAGGUCGCACUACAGUACUGUGAUCAUUCCUUGAAAACUGGAACCUCUUGCAAUGGCUGGGACUGGGACUGGCCGCUAUUAAGUUGCUGGAAAAAACAAAGCAUUGAUUAUUCAUCUGAAGCAAGAUCCUGCUGUUGCUAUUAAUCAAUGUUAAAAGGGAUGACGAAAUCUUCUGGAAAACAUCACGGCAUGUUCUCGCUUUGACGAUUGACAUUAUUGGGUUCUCAAAAUUUUCAGCUCUGUUAGAUUUCUAGGUAACGGAAUGACAGCUACAACCAUGCAAAAUUUA